UCAAAAAAAUCGUGCUCUAUUCGGGAAUGCAAAUAAAUUUCUUUGAAAAUAUGUGAAUUGCUAUGUUGUGUCUUCGGUCACCCUGUUUCAUUGUAUUCAAUUCAUAUGAAAAAGUGGGAGUUUUGUUUGAUUUGACAAUAUGGCGCUUUUGAUUACUAACUCUCGUACAUUGAAUAGACAAAAUAGACAGAAUACGACAAAUCAAAACUCACUUGCUCUUGACUUUUGGGCUUAUUUAUUCACUCAUUCAUGGAGGAAUUAUUGUAUGUGAGUGCAGGGCGAUUAAAAAAGAGAAAAAAAAAGAUUUUCUGUUUAACGUUAAAAUCUGGCAUUUGUCUAUAUUAAGUGUUUGUUUAAGUAGAUGUUUUUCCAAUUUAUCUGUAUCUUGGAACGAUGUUCACACUCCGUCUAAAUUAAACUAUAUUCUGUUUAAAUCAUAAUAGAUAUUGAAUUGAAAAAUAAUACAAUUCUGUACGACACGAUUUUUUUUUUAAACGAAAAAUUGCAAACAAUAAAGUUCAAACCGAUUUAGUGAUAAAACAAGUAAAAUGAGUGAUUUAUUGAAAUCUGCGAUGGGAUACUUUAAUACGAGUCCGAUAAUUAGCAGCGACGAUGAAUUCAUCGGACAAAUUGUUGAAGUUGGUGCUGUGAAACUUCGUGUAAAACGUGUAAUCGCAGAAGGUGGUUUCGCUUUUGUGUAUGUUGUGCAAGACAUUCAAAACGAAACAGAAUAUGCAUUGAAACGAUUACUAGGCUCUGAUAGGCAAGCCUGCGACAAUAUUAUACGUGAAUUAAACUUUCAUAAACAGUUAUCGGGACAUCCGAACAUAGUUAAAUAUGUUGCCGCAUCGUUUAUCAACCACACGAAUAGUGCUGAAUAUCUGCUAGUUUCAGAACUAUGCAAAGGCGGCUCAUUGAUAGAUUGCAUGGGCACAACGUUCGAGCCCGACACCGUAUUGAAAAUUAUUUAUCAAAUUAGUAAAGGUAUUUCGCAUAUGCAUAACCAAAAUCCACCCAUUACGCACAGAGACAUUAAGAUAGAAAAUUUCCUUUUGACCACCGAUGGCGAAUUGAAACUAUGUGAUUUUGGAUCGGCUACAACGGAUUCAUUUACACCAGAUGUUUCGUGGUCAGCACAACAACGUGAUAUGCUGGAAGAUCAAUUGGCAUUUAUAACAACACCGAUGUAUCGAUGUCCCGAACAAUUAGAUUUAUGGUCAAAUCAUGAAAUUGGCCCAAAGAGUGAUAUUUGGGCGCUGGGCUGUGUCCUUUACUACUUAUGUUUUCAAAAGCAUCCAUUCGAAGAUUCGGCCAAAUUGAGAAUAGUCAAUGCAAAUUUCAAACUACCAGGUGAUUCGAGAUACCUCUGUUUUCACGAUAUAAUCAAAGGCUGCCUCCAAGUUGAUCCAAAUAAACGUUUCGAUGUAUCGAUGGUUCUGGAUAGACUCGGAGCAAUCUCAGAAACAAAAGGUUGGCCACUGAGAGGACCCCUCAAAUUGAAUGGUAAACCGAUUGAAACACCACCAAAUAUGACUCCAAAUCCAAGUCCACUGCAUACCGCUCAAAAUACUCAAAGCAACAAUAUUCAUAACGCACCAAAUCGACCACCACCACCGCGACCUGCACCUGUCAAUCAUAAUAAUGCAGCAAAUCGAAAUAUUCCACCGCCACGGCCAACCAGCUCCCCAGCAACGGUGACUCGAAAUCCACAACAUUCAGUGCCACCUCCUCAGCAUGUCGCUCAUGAUACCAUCAAUUCAUCCAGUGCCAGUGGUCUGUUCUCAUUCUCCUCGAUUAAAGGCGGUGCCGGAAGUUUGUUCAAAAAUUUAAAAGAUACAUCGUCGAAAGUUAUACAAUCGGUACAACAAACGAUUACACGAACUGAUUUGGAUAUUAGUACAAUCACAUCACGCAUACUUGUGAUGCCGUGUCCAUCGGAAGGAUUGGAAUCAACCUAUAAGACAAAUAAUAUCGAAGAUGUAAAAAUAUACAUUGAAAACCGAUAUUCAUUGGGCAAAGUGAGUAUAUACAAUUUCGGUCCGAGGUCGUGUUCCCGUUUACCGCCUCCAGUACGAACUGUAGAAGGUAGCUUUAUUUUUCCACUGAACAAUCGGGCACCACUUUUGCAAGGCAUGUAUUCACUAGUCGAAGAUAUGUAUGGCUUUUUGAGCGCCGACCCAAAAUCCAUUGUCAUCGUUCAGAGUUCCGACAAUAAUCGAACUGCCGCCGCAUCAAUGACUUGUGCUUUAUUAAUCUACGCAAAUUUGGUUCAGCAGCCAGAAGAUGCACUUCAAAUAUUUGCAAUUCGUCGUGUUCCCCCAAAUUUGCGGCCAUCGGAGAUUCGAUAUCUCUAUUAUUUAGCCGAUAUCGUUCGUUCAACUCCACAUCUACCACAUUUCAAACCGAUUACACUGAAAUCAGUUACGUGCACUCCAGUUCCCAGAAUGACAAAAGCAAGAGACGGUUGUCGACUCUAUGUCGAAGUUAUGUGCAAUGACAAAGUGAUUCUGUCGACAAUUCAAGAAUACGAUAAAAUGAGAUUAUAUCACGCAAGUGAGGGAAAAAUACAAGUUAAUUUGAAUGCAACAAUUUGCGGUGAUUUUUGCGUAACGUUGUACCAUGCUCGAAAUGCUCUAAAGGGAAUCGGUAAACCGCAAGGAAUAAAAGUGUGUCAAUUUCAAAUGCACACCGGAUAUAUUCACGAACAAGAAACAUUAUUGCAACUUGAUAAAUCUGAACUGGAUGAUUUGCCAGAUAACGAGCACAUUCCAAUGAAUUUUAAUGUUGCUGUUCCGAUCGAUGUACAAGACACAGAAAGACCACCUGCUUCAAAUUGUCCAUGGAUUCCAUUGAAAUCGCAGCGAAAUCCUAUAACUCUAUUCAGUACACAACUCGAAUUUGAUGAAACUGUUGACAAUUUCAUUUCAAAGCCAACAUCAAAAUCAUUCGAAGCACCACCAAGACCAUCAAAUCCAGCACCGAAUCGCUCUUCAGAGUCACCAGCAAAACCAGCACCUCCAAGGCCGAUUCCACCUAUUCCCUCCCAUUUAAACGCAAAUGAAACUGAACGUUCAAAUCUGGAAUCGACUAAUGCUAAUCCUAUACCAGUUGUUACACAGCCCGAGGUAGAUUUAUUAAAUAUGUUGCCGCGAAGCAGUAACAAUACUAACGUUCCACCGAAAGAGGCCAGUUUUGACCUGCUGGGUUCAUUUGAAACAGCUGAAUCUCAAGGAAAUGGUGCGAUGCCAGACUUAUUAUCGGAAUCAAAGGCCAAGCCGCAAGGAUUAGAUGAUAUAUUCGGUUCAUUUGGACAAACGACAAAUAGUGCAAAAAAUUCAAAUUUGCAUGAUUUAAGUAGCAUCGGAUUGAAUGUGAAUGGAACUUCAAAUUCAACAGCACAGAGCUGUAUUAACAUAAAUUUCGAUCCAUUUGGCGGUGGUGGUGCGUUCGGUGGCAAUGCCGAUGUACUGAGACCCACAAGCUCCGAAACAUCACCAUCACAAGCUAAACAACCACCGUGUAUACCACAACAAACGAGAAAAGACCCAUUCGGUGACAUAGCCAAUUUGGCAUCGAGCUUAAAUUUGAAUUGGGGUGGUUCACCACAAUCAUCGUCAUCGAAACCCAGCACAGCAGCUGGCACGAGUCCAAAAUUUUCCAGUCCGACACAUCAAUUUGGCGGUUUUGUCCCAAAUGCCAAUUCAGCUCCGUCGUUGAUACAACAAUCUCACCGAACUCCAGUUGAUAAUCAGCCGCCACCACCAUUGAAACCGGAUUAUAGUCGAUCACAUUUUGAAACUAAGCCAAAACAAAAUGGUGCCACAGCGACGGCAACAACAACAACAACAGCAUCUUCAACCACAUCAACAACAACAAGUGGUGGCGGCGGCGAUGACAUAUUUGCUGAUAUUCUUGGUCAACAGGGUUACAAUUUUGCGACAAAACCUCAAGGCGGUCCACGUUCAAUUAACGAAAUGAGAAAAGAGGAGCUCAUCAAAGACAUGGAUCCAGAUAAACUCCGAAUUAUGGAAUGGACCGAAGGAAAGAAAAAUAAUAUACGAGCAUUGCUCUGUUCAAUGCACACUAUACUAUGGACAGAUUCGAAGUGGCAAAAAUGCGAAAUGCAUCAAUUAGUUACUCCAGCAGACGUUAAAAAGGCAUACAGAAAAGCAUGCUUAGCUGUUCACCCAGACAAGCAAGCGGGAACCGAUAACGAAACAAUAGCAAAAAUGGUAUUUAUGGAGUUGAAUAAUGCAUGGUCUGACUUUGAAAAUGAUUCGGCACAACAAAAUAUGUUUUCUUAAAGAAAAGAAUAUACCUAAACAAAAAACCGACUAUAGAAAUAUUAAUGUAUAAGUGUAAAGCAACAUCGCUGAUUUUUGCAACAGAAUGAAAGUUAUUUAUGACCCAUUAAAAAACACAAAUAUUUUACAUAUUCAGCGUUUAUUAAAAAAAAAAACAAGUUUUCAAAAUCUCUAGAAGAUUUCCUUAUUCAAACAUUCCUGAAAAGUGAAGAAUUUAUCGAAAACAAAAUUAGUGUGAAUAAAAGGACGUAUAAAUUCAAAUUUGUAGAUUUAGAGAAAAAUUUAUGUGCAAUUAUUUAUCGCAUUCUGUUCUGGUGUAUGAAAGCAAUGAUGAUCAAACAUCACAACCAAGGGAAUGGCACGUUUAUGAGAGACAUGGCGACGUGCCAAACCAUAACUCCAUCUCCAGGAUAGAAUCUGAAUUACAAAUUUCGUAUUGACUAUCUCAUAUUUGUGUAAUUUUGUUCAUAGAAUUAUAAGGUUUACUCCGACAAAUUUGUAAGGUUUUUGUUCGCCAACAUUUUAUAUAGCAUGUCAUACCCUUGAUCACAACUCAUUAUUGGGAAAAUCCAUUUUUUGAAAAUUCUUUAAAAGAUUUGUGCUUUUACACAAGUAAAAAACUGAAAAACUGUUAAAAAUUGCAAUAGCAAUGGGCAUUUUCUAUAUAUCUAUUGAAUAUAUCGAGAAGAGAAUAUGUUAUUCAGCGCUUAUGGCUGAGUAAUGUCUGAAUAAAAACAUACUCUCCUCUCGAUAUUUUCAAUAGAUAUGUGAUCAUUUAAAAUAAAAUUUACAAAUCACAUCACAAAUAAAAUCACAUGGAAUUCAUGUGGUUUAUUAAUAAAUCUGCGAUUCCAAAUGCUCAUUAUAGUUCAAUUGAAUAUAAUCAUUUCCGAUCAGUUCAUUACUAAUGAAUCACUAGUUGUUGUCCAUAUGAAAUUCUUCAUUUUGAAUGAAAAAAAAAAAAUCAUCCUUUUUUAUUUUGUUUAAA